AUGGGGAGUGAGUUUGAGAUAAGUAUGAUAGGAGAAUUAAAUUUCUUCCUGGGACUUCAAGUGAAGCAAUCUCAAAAGGGAACAAUGAUAAGUCAGCAGAAGUACAUCAAGGAGCUGCUAAAAAGGUUUGACAUGGAAACAUCAAAACUUAUUGACACUCCUAUUCCCACAGCUACUCGUCUAGACAUGGAUGAACCUGGUUCUCCUGUAAAUCAGACCAUAUAUAGAGGGAUCAUAGGGUCACUCUUGUAUCUCACUACAAGCAGACCAGAUAUUAUGUUCAACAUGGGCCUUUGUGCAAGGAUAUCUGGUGGACUGGCAAAGCACGUCUGGAAUGGCACAUUUCCUGGGUUUAUGUAA